CCUUGCUCCAACGCACUGCCCCAAACCCCACGAUUGUCAAUUACGCUCUACACUAAGAUCUAGACAACUGGUUCGACUCAGCCACGAUCGAAUCGCGACGCUACAUCGCUCAUCUGAUAAUACGAACCCAUGGCGGAAUGCCUCGUCACCAAAAGCUAUCUGCAAGAUUGCUUACCGGUCCCAAAUACUGGACGCAUUUCAGGAUGGGUUCAUGAGCCCUCAUUCCGAGGCACCUGGCAGAUUCUAUGGAGCUGUCUCGUCACCAUCUUCCUCUGCACUCAUACUCUGCUCUGCCUCAACAUUCCAGCACCAACCGAUACAUGGUUCAGCAUGGUCCGUCGUCGAAUCAAGUGGAUGGUCCUGGCUAUCCUUGGGCCCGAGAUCGUUCUCACCUACGCGGCUGGCCAGUGGAGCAGGGCUCGUCACUCGGUCGAAUACUUCCACAAGUCUGGCUACACACAGUGGACAAUGCGUCUAGCUUUCUUUGCGGACAUGGGCGGAUUCGUUUUGCAUGCAAAAGACAGCGACCCGUUUCCACUGAAUGCGAAGCACUUACACUGGUUGAUCAAGAAUAAACACGUCGAUUACCCAUGCGUCAACGCCGCGGAGAUAUGGGACAAGUCUAAGCAAGAUCGCCUCACCAAAGUCAUCACCGCAAUUCAGGUUGGACAUCUUGUAGUGGAAUGCAUCGGACGAGUCGCUCAAGGUCUCGCCGUCACAGCAUUGGAGCUUAAUACUCUCGCAAUCGUCGUGUGCUCGCUCAUGACGGCCUUUGCUUGGCUGCACAAGCCAGCGGACGUGCGAACCCCAAUCUCCAUCGUCACUGACAAGAGCAUCGCCGACAUUACGGAGAACAGAGCAUGGAAAAACACGCCGCUUGAUUUUGUUGACGAGAAUGGCCCUGGUUGGUCUAUCAACGUACAGCCGUUUAUGCGAAUGCCAGCCACCCCAGCCAACCGGCCCAUCCAGUGCAUCCCAAAUGACAGGUUUCCCAUGAAUCCCUAUGGGAUACAAGAGUACUGUGUCUGCUUUGCGACGCUGCUAUUCACAGGUCUCCACAUUGCUGGCUGGAACUUUUCCUUUCCUACGCAACUUGAACGAACCCUGUGGAGAGUGACGAGCCUGAUACUAUUUGGAGUGACGGCUGCAUUCUGGGCCCUCGAGACGGUGGCUUCGUGGGUGCGACUCGGCCGAUGGAAGUGGCUUUACCUCCGCUUCUUCCAUCGUGAACGGCUAAGCGAAUUUGAGGCCGCGCAGCAGGAGAAGUUAGACCAGGAGCGCUCUGACAAGCAACCUACCGAGUUGCCAUUGCCCUGGGAAUUUUGGACGAUAAUGCCCAUAGCCGUUUUAUAUGGUGUUGCAAGGUUUUAUCAGAUUAUUGAAGCCUUUGCUGAGCUGAGGGAGGUUGAUGCAACGGCGUUUGUGAAUGUUAACUGGUCUGUAUAUUUCCCUCACAUUUAGGGAAUCCGAGGUAUAGCUGUAUGAAUAAUGAAC